AUGGGUAAUGCCAAGAUCCACAGUGACCAGACUGCACCCGAUAAAAGGCCUGGCCUUAUCAGAAGGUUUUUUGAUAACAAACUAACAGGGAACUUCGAUUCGGCAAAUUUCUCAGAGGCUUGGAAAAAAAAAUUCAGCCAUGCUCCGACAUGGUGUGAUGCUGAUAUGUCCCUACAGCAAAUUAAUAGAGGAGUAGCUUCUGGGUCUCGACCGGGAUUGUAUGCUCGUGCCUUCUUCCAAUUAUGGUUAUUUCGUAUAGGAUGUUUUGUCCAAAAGUGGGCUUGGUCCACUGUUGUUGUGACACUUUUAAUUUACACUGCAUGCUGUGCUGGUCUUCAGGAUGUUAUUAUUGAAACAGAUAUUGUUAAACUUUGGGUUUCACAAGGAGGUCGUUUGAGUGAAGAGCUUGGAUUCUUAUCUCGAGUACAAGAAGAAUCAAUGAGGAUUAAGAGGGAUGUGACUGGUUCUCCUCCGCCGAUAAAUGCUACAACUAACAAAAAGGCAAAACAUCACAAAUCCCAUGAACGACAUACACCUGAAAUCCCCCGAGAGAAUGGACUAGGAGGAGGUUUUCAAGUAGUCAUUCAAACGCCUAGUUAUGAAGGGGAGAAUAUUCUGUCGAAAAAAGCUCUGUUGAAACAUGUUGACUUGAUGGAAGAAAUCUCUCAAUAUAAGGUUGAGAUGCAUGGAGAGAAUUGGACCUUAGCUGAUAUUUGCUUCAAGCCACCUAGCCCUAGCUUCAACAGCGGGCCUUUAGCUAAAGUCAUGUCAACGCUCUUAGAUAAAAUUAUUCCGUGCAUCUGGAUUACUCCCAUAGAUUGUUAUUGGGAAGGAGCGAAGCCUUUAGGACCUACUCCACCUCUCAAUCUGGGUGAGGAGAUAGCAGGUUUCAUCUCGUCUCUUCCAAAGGGAAAUGUUACUUGGAAAAACUUGAACCCAACUGCUGUUAUGGGUGAAGUUGGAAGUCUUUUUGAUUUGGGACCAAUUGGAAACUUUUUCGAAAGAGCUGGAAUUGGGGCAGCAUAUCUUGAUCGUCCAUGUAUCGAUCCUCUUGAUGUUGAUUGUCCACCUACAGCUCCAAAUUAUUUCGACAAGUGCAGUGCUCUGAAGAAAUUCAACGAAUGGAACAUGGCUAAAGAUGAAUCUGAAAAAAUUAUCUUGGAACCAGUUCGUCUUGCUCAAGAAACUGAAAAAGAAUCUGGAAGCAGCUUGACUGAAUCCAUCAUCAACGAUAUUUUCGGAAAGAAAAGACGUAAGAGACAAGCUGAUACUGAUGCUCCACCACCACCACCUCCCCCACCACCACCAGCUCAGUCUUCUUCCCCUUCAACCAAGGAUGAAGACUAUUAUAACUACGAAGAUGAGAACGAUUAUGAUUUGACUGGAGUUGAUGCUAAUGGAACCGUUACUAACAAGAAGAAUCAGCCCAAGAAGGAUACUGUCUGCCUAGAGUAUGGACCAGCUUUGUUGGAAUGGAUGCAAGCCAAUCCUGAUCGGUGGGGAGAGUUUUUGACUGAGCAAGAGCUUCCACAAUACCCAGAUUAUGGAGAGAUCAUGUCUGGAGGUUGCAAAGGUUUCGGAAAGAAUAUCAUGGAAUGGCCUGAAGAUUUGAUUAUCGGUGGUAUCAAGAGAGGAGAGAACAAACUUCAAUCUGCUGAAGCUCUCCAAAGUGUUUUCUUGGUUGCCAGUCCAUUUGAUGUUUAUCUCCGUUUCAAGGAGGGAAAACCAGAAAUUCAUCCAAAUCUUGACACCAGUCGCUGGAAUCCUCGUUGGGCUAAUGACAUCAUUGUUGCAUGGCAGAGAAAUUUCACUAAAAAACUUUACGGUCAUAAGGCUAAUCUUGAAGUUAGAGUGUUCCAUCCAUUGGCUUCUACUUCAAUUGCUGAUAUGUUGGAAGAGUUCUCUCAAUUCAACUACGAGAUCAUCUUCAUCGGAUACGGAUUGAUGAUUGUCUAUGCCAUAUUCACUCAAGCCAGAUUCAAAGGAAGAUGGCUUGCCAUCCAAUCGAACGUCUUCUUAGCCAUCGUUGGAGUAUUUUUAGUUACUUACUCAUCUAUCUGUGGUCUUGGUGUCACAACGGCGCUAGGAAUCAAUUUUAAUGCUGCUACAACUCAAAUCGUACCUUUCCUCACACUUGGUCUCGGUAUUGAUGACAUGUUCUUGUUAUUGCAUAAUUACGAUGAAAUCGUAAAUAUUUGUAAUCAAAAUGAGAUGGGUAUCCUUCUAAAGGAAACAGGAAUGUCCGUAAUGGUAACUUCCAUCAACAACAUUUUGGCUUUCGUUGCCGGAUACAUCCUUCCUAUCCCAGCUCUCCGUUCUUUCUGUUCUCAGACUGCCAUUCUGUUGGCUUUCAACUUAGCCUCUUUGAUGUUCAUCUUCCCAGCUUUCAUUGGAUUGGAUCUUAGAAGACAACGUCGAGGUCAAAGAGAUUUGGCUUGGUGUAGUCGCGGCGAUCGUACUGAAGAGCGUACAAAGGAGAAAGAGAAGCACAAGUACAUGGAGCCAGCUGAAAUUACUGAAUUCACAAGAAACCAGCCUUGGUAUACUGUUGGAGGAUUCUUAACGAACUAUUACAUCCCAAGCUUGAAGAAACCUGCUGUCAAGUAUAUAAUUGUUGGGGCUACAUCCUUAGCUGUCAUAUUUGGCUUAUAUGGAAUGUAUAACUCAACUUUGGGAUUAGAAUUGUCUGAUGUUCUACCUGAGCACACCCCUCCAGCAGCUUUCCUUAGAGCUCGUGAAAAAUAUUUCUCCUUCUAUCCCAUGUUUGCCGUCCUCAGAGGACAGACGAUUGAUAUUCCUAAUCAGCAGAAUCUAAUUGAAGAGUAUAGGCAGGAUCUUGGAAAAUCUGAUUAUAUGAUCAAGGCUGAUGGCAAGUUGCAACCUUAUUGGAUGUCUCUUCUUCGCACUUGGCUUGAGUCCUUAGAUACAGCCUUAGCUAACGAGUUGAAAAACGGAACAAUGGAUCCUAUCACAGGACUACCGGUGAAAGGACAGCCAAAACCAGCUCCAGAAGCAAUGAUUGCUAGACGUCUUGUCUGCUCAGUAGGACAACAGUACAACUGCACAGGAAGAAUUGGAAAUAUCAAGCUAGUUUCGGAUGAUGGAAUUAUCAAUCCUGAAGGAUUCUACAACUACUUGACCGGAUGGUACAACGUUGAUAACAUGAUGUACUAUGUAUCACAAGCCUCUUUCUUCCCCGUUCCUCCAGGCUGGGCUAUGGGACCAGAAGAAAAAGUUGUCCCACCUGCCCGUCCUCUUCUUUAUUCUCAAAUUCCAUAUUAUCAAACAGGCUUAACUGAUACUCCUCCAAUUGUCACUAUGAUCAAAGAGAUUAGAACUAUCUGUGAAGAUUAUUCUGAAAAAGGCCUUCCUAACUUCCCCAGCGGAUUAGCUUUCACUUUCUGGGAGCAGUACCUCCACUUAAGAUGGAACUUGUUCUAUGCCAUCUGUAUUAUUGCUUUUGCUGUCUUUACUGUUAUUUCAAUUCUCAUGUUCAAUCCACAAGCAGCUGCCAUGGUUAUGGUUAUUGUCGUGAUAGUUACGAUCGAACUUGGUGGGUUCAUGGGGCUCGUAGGAAUAAAGAUGAAUCCCAUAUCAGCUGUAACACUGAUUUGUGCAGUAGGAAUCGGUGUCGAAUUUACUGCUCACGUCGUCUUAGCCUAUUUGACUGCCCUUGGAACUGUGGACGAUAGAUUAGAUUCUUGUUUACAACAUAUGUUUGUUCCUGUAUUCCACGGAGCGAUAUCCACUUUACUUGGUAUUGUUAUGCUGGUAUUCUCCCAAUUUGAUUUCGUCAUCAAAUACUUUUUUGUUGUAAUGUCCGUGUUGGUGAUACUUGGAGUGUUCAACGGGUUAUGUCUCCUACCUGUAUUGUUGUCUCUCAUUGGACCUAAACCUGAGCUCGUUCCUAAGGAUGGUACAUCACAUCUACCUGUUCCUCCACCUCUACGAGAACAAAACGAUCAAAAUCAUGGCAUGAGGAAACUUGACUCAGAGUGUAUAUAA